AGGAUGAAACUCAAGUCUCUCGAGCAACCCAGGGUGAACAAGAUAACUAUGAGAUGCAUGUCAGAGCUGCAAACAUUGUCCGAGCUGGUGAGUCCCUGAUGAAACUUGUGUCUGACCUGAAGCAGUUCUUGAUCCUCAAUGAUUUCCCCUCUGUGAAUGAAGCUAUCAACCAGCGCAACCAGCAGCUGAGAAGCUUGCAGGAGGAGUGUGACAAGAAGUUGAUUGCACUACGGGAUGAGAUCUCCAUUGACCUGUACGAGCUAGAAGAAGAAUAUUACUCUUCCAGCUACAGUCUGUGUGACAGCAAUGAUCUUCCACUGUGUGAAGCCUACUGGAGACAAGACUUUGCUACGCUGUCCCCCGAAAGCCUCUCCAUGCCUCUGACAGCCGCCACAGCAGAGCAGACCAUUGCUACCUCCCAGAGCUCAACCCCAUCGCACCCUCACGUGAACGGGCACGGGGCAGGCCCCACAGAGCACUCCUGAAGAGGAUCCUCUGCUGCUGAACGUGUUCCUCCUGGCAGCAUUGCGCUGCUGGAAGUCUUCCACCUGCUGUACUGAGCAAGCGUCUGCCACUGUCAGGAGAAGGCACUGGAGCUGUGUUUGCAGGUUUCUGCUCACUGAGUAGCCAUGGUGCUUUCUCCACCCCUGGGACACUGCCAUGAGCAUUCCUCUCACUUAAGAGAACAUGAUAAGUAAAUACAGUUGAUUGUUCUAACAAAUUAGAAUUAGGUUUGCUUUUACAUGACAGUUACAUGUAGAGUUAAUUAGAAAUCCAGUUUGUUUCCAUGUGAAUCUCAGUAAGUACACGCUGGAGUGUUGGGAGUUGAAUUUGUUUCGGAUAAACUUGAGCCAAAUGUGGGGGCAGUGAGUGUUUUGGGGUUUUUUGCCCUGCUUCGCAAGGUUAUCAACAUUCUGGCUGCUUUAAAGCUCUCUCAGGAUGGCAUCUGACAACCUCCAUUCUACUUUAAACUAGAGUAAGAAUCU